UGUAGGUCUGGGAGGGUCGAUGGCGGGUUAUUCCCCAUGAGGUGUUACCGGAUUGGCUGAAGGAUAAUGACUUCCUCCUACAUGGACACCGCCCUCCGAUGCCGUCGUUCCGAGCCUGCUUCCGAAGUAUCUUCCGGCUGCACACCGAGACCGGCAACAUCUGGUCACACUUAAUAGGCUUCCUUUUCUUCCUGAUCCUGGGCGUUUUCUACAUGUUCAGGCCCAACAUCAACUUUGUGGCUCCGGUACAAGAGAAGGUAGUGUUUGGCAUGUUCUUCCUGGGAGCUGUGCUGUGUCUCUGCUUCUCCUGGCUCUUCCACACCGUCUACUGCCACUCUGAGAAAGUCUCGCGGACUUUCUCCAAGUUAGAUUACUCUGGGAUCGCUCUCCUGAUCAUGGGCAGUUUUGUCCCCUGGUUGUAUUACUCCUUCUACUGCUCGCCGCAGCCCCGUCUCAUCUAUCUGGUGAUUAUCUGUGUGCUCGGCAUCACGGCAAUAGUGGUUUGUCAGUGGGAUCGCUUUGCAACACCUCAAUACAGGGCUGUUCGCGCCGGUGUGUUCCUGGGCCUGGGAUUGAGUGGCCUGGUGCCCACGCUCCAUUUCAUGAUUGCUGAGGGUUUCAUCAAAGCUGCAACGGUGGGCCAGAUGGGCUGGCUGUUCCUAAUGGCGAUACUGUACAUCCUCGGUGUGACACUCUAUGCUGCCCGCAUCCCAGAGCGCUUCUUCCCUGGCAAGUGUGACAUCUGGUUCCACUCCCACCAGAUCUUCCACAUCCUGGUUGUGGCUGCCGCUGUGGUUCAUCUGCACGGUGUCUCCCAGCUCCAGGCCUUUCGCUCGUCCCUAGGCGGUGGGUGCAGUUCAGACAUGAUGGUGUGAUGCUGCUCAGGAGAGAGAGAGAGAGAGAGACACACACGUCAAGCAACCCCAAGGCGUAUUUCUCCUGUCUGUCUCUUUAACACACGAGUACAGUUAUUUUAACCAAA